UUCCAAGAUCCUUCUCCCUUGAAGUCUUAAUGACCCAAGCAUCCCUCGUCUUGUAACUGUGCAUUUGGUUUGUUCUUCCCUCUAGGUGUAGAACUUUGCGUUUAUCCUUGUUAAAUUUCUUUAUGUUUUCAGCCCAGUGCUCAAGCCUCUUUCUUCCAUUUUUUUGUUGGAGAAAGCAAUAAGCCACAAAAGCUUGGGAUUUCUUGGCAGAAGUUGUCCCCCAGCAAAUAUCAGAAUAAUUGGAAUUUCCAGUUACUACUACACUGUGUCACUUUGAAAUUCUUGCAAUUUGUUUUUCAAAGGUUUAAACCACAUGUUCUUCUUGAUUGGGUGGUCAGUAGUAGACUCCAACUACCAUGAUCCUUUUGUUUUUUGGAUCCAGUUAUAUUAAAUGAUGGGACAAGCAAGCUCAUCCUCCUGUAUUUCUAUGCAAGAAUAUGGAUUUUUCACAUAUCCUUCACCUCCACAUCCACCUCCUUCUCAUUUCAUUUUGAAAUUGCUGUAUUCUAGUCAUACAUAUGUGGACAUCAUGGUACUCAGUGAUGGGGAUAGGACAGGUUUCCGGACCUGAAUGAGUUGACAGUCUAUCGGUAGACUAAGGAAGGAAGACCAGAGAACAUCUUGGAGACCAAGGGCCUCGUCUCGUUAUUAGAAAUCACCAGCCGCCAGGGACCCACAAAGUUUCUGCAGUUCAGGAUGGAACCUCAGUUUCUAGCUACACCAGGGCCAAUCCUCCAUGCCUAUCCAGGCAUCCAGGAAAGAAAGGAAAAAAAGAACGGUGAAUCAGAGUUCACUUCUGAAAAUAUGCUGAUGUCUGUGCUUGAUUUGUUUGGAGCCGGAACAGAAACAACCAGCACAACCCUAAGAUAUGGGCUCUUGGCUCUUCAGAAAUAUCCGGAGGUAGAAGAGAAAGUGCAUGAAGAGAUUGACCGCGUGGUCGGCCGAGGCAGGGCGCCGUGCGUAGCUGACCGUGGGCAGAUGCCUUACACGGAAGCUGUCAUCCACGAAAUCCAGAGGUUCAUCUCUCUCGCCGCAUUGAGUCUCCCCCACUCAGUGGCCAAAAACACCCACUUCCGACAAUACAUCAUCCCAAAG